CUGCUUGCAUGCAUGCUAUGCUAUGCUUGCUUCUUGUUUUGAUGGUGCUUCGACGCGCCCCCGCCCCAACGUCAUACCUGGCGACGGGCGCUAUACCUGCUAGCCGUCGAUCUCGCUUGGCGUGCCCGUUGUCUGGUACCGUUCGCCGUUCCAUGCAUGCACAGAAUCAUUCCCCUCCAUCGGCACCUCCCCAGCUGCCAUCGCAAUGGCGCCCUUUCGUCCCAUCGACGACUUUGCCGAUGCUGAAGACGAAACCCACAAUUCUUCCGAUGACGACGACUUCAACCCCACCGACGUGCCCGCCGACGAGUCCGCGAGCUCUUCCGACGAAGGUGAAGAAGUACCAGCGAAACCUGUGAAAGGGAAGAGGAAACGCAAAGCCCCAGUCGAUCAUGACCUCGACUCUGGAGAUGAAGUCACGAUUGAAACCGCACGUAAACGUAAAGCGAAAAAGCGGAAGCGCGCAAAGGGAGCCGACAAUGACGACGACGACGAUGCCGACCUAUUGCUAUCCGACAAUGAAGACGGCGAAGGGGGGCUGAUCAAGACAAGAGCCCAGCGCAGGGAAGAGUUGAAGGAGCGUAAGCCCCUUGCUGGGAUCGAAGGGGCAACUAUGGAUAUCGAUGGUUUAUGGGCGCAGAUGCUGGCCGCGCCGCUGAAGCCGCUCUCCUACGCCGAAGCAACACAGGUCGAUGUCACAAGCAAGCAAGACACGCUUGCAAACGGACCGGGCGCGCAAGACGACGAAGAACAAGUAGCCAUUACAAAAGUCUACACGUUUGCGGGCCAGAACACAACAGAAGAGAAGCAGGUUCCCCGUUCAUCGCUCGCACAGUAUUUAGCAGAUGGCUGGAAAGCUGCUGGGCAGAAGGAAGCUGCUGUUGACGGACAUGCUGUUGAGACUAACGACGAUGCGCCUAAGAUACGACGACCGCUCCGCCGCCCGUCUAGAUUUGAUCCGAAUCCAACCGGUUUCGUGCGCGCGCUCCCUCCCGAACACCAACUAUCGUGGCCCCGGAAGAUGACGGCCGCGCUCGCAGCCAUAAGCCAAGAAAAUGCUCCAGCGCCGAACGUGAUCAAGCCUGGGCGACCGGAGAAGGCGCAAAAGCUCAACGUGGUGGACAAAUCGCGCAUGGAUUGGACCGGUUUCGUAGACAAAGAAGGCAUUGGAGAGGAAUUAGACACACACGGAAAGACCAAGGAAGCGUAUCUGGGGAGGAUGAAUUUCUUGGCCGAUGUGGAAGCGAAACAACAAGAGGAGAGAAGAAAGGCCAAACUGUCUACCGCUACCGCUUAA